AAUAAAAUAACAGGAAGGAUUAUAAACCUGCGGAGGUGUAUUGUGAUAAAUUAAUUCUUGUUGUGAUCUUCAUUUGUGAAUCUUAUGUGACUGAAUUACCUUAUUUAAUUAGCUUAAUAUUUAUUUGAAAUUGUAUUUUUUUAAAUUACUGGUGUAGUCGUAGUACUGUGCUUUAUAAUGUGUCUUCAAAAUCCAUCGAAAGUUGUGUCCAUCUACGAUAGUCUGAGAUCAUAAAGCUGUUCAAUGAUCAUUAUUUCUUAAAAAGUGCCAGAAGCUAUAAAAUUACAAGAUGAAUUCUCCUCAAAAAACCUCCUCGAAUUCAUUCAACGAUACUGAAGGUACGCCUUGUGAUAUUAAGAGUAAUCUAUUGAUAGCCAGAUUACUGGGACAGCAUACGAAGGAAGAACGAUCUUCCGAAAUGAAAGAACAAGAAGAAAAAACCAUGUCGAUGGAGUUCUCGUUGCCGACAGCAGCGGAUAUUGAUAAAAAACCAAAUUUAGAGUUUAGUAUGUGGCAUAGCGUUGGACCUAUUAAAGCCAACGAUACGAAGCUGAUCGAUUCGGUGGAAGAGUCGGUGCAUCGUACGCAUAGCGAACAAUACCUGGCGGCCAGAGUACAAAUGGUGUACGACUUGCUGUCUACUUUAAAUCCGAACGAUAAAGAAGAAAUGUCCAAAACAUUCCUGGCAAUGAGCAGUUCUCCGGAGAAAUGCAUUCUUCUCAGGCAAUCUGGCUGUCUGCCGAUACUUCUACAAUUAAUACACGGCGAAGAAUCGACAAAAACCGUACGCAAACAAGCCCUAAAAUCGUUACAAUGCAUCGUACAGCAUAAUUCGGACGAUAAACAAGGACGUCGCGAAAACCGAGUCUUCAAGUAUAUCGAAGAAAUCUUGGAUUACUGUGAAAAACACAAUGAUAUUGCGGAUGAGAACUCGAUUCCGACUCCGGCUGUGUCGUCUUUGAUGAAACUUUCAUUCGAUGAAGAAUACAGACACGCUAUGUGUCAAUUAGGGGCUCUACGUACUUUAGCUAAACUCGUACAGACUGAUCACGAAUCCAGACUCGGGGAUGUGAAUAAUCUCAGCCAAGAUAGUAUCACUUUAAGAAGAUACGCUGGGAUGGCUCUGACCAAUCUCACCUUCGGCGAUAUUACUAAUAAAGCUUUACUAUGCUCCCUGAAACCAUUCAUGGUAGCUUUGGUUGCUCAACUUAAUUCUCCUAAUGAAGAUUUGUGUCAGGUCACCGCCGGUGUAUUGAGAAAUCUGUCUUGGAGAGCUGAUCCUAAAAUUAAGGAUAUUUUAAGAGAAGUGGGUACGGUUACAUCGCUCAUGAAAACCGCUCUUCGUAUGACGAAGGAAUCUACUUUGAAAGCUGUGUUGUCCGCGCUGUGGAAUUUGUCCGCUCAUAAUCAUUUGAAUAAGAUGGAUAUUUGCAAAGUUGACGGUGCUAUCGAAUAUUUAGUCAAAAUGUUGAAUUAUCAAGCCCCCUCGGGCACGUUAGUGAUUGUUGAAAGCGUCGGAGGUAUUCUUCGUAAUAUUUCCAGUAUCAUCGCUCUUCGAGAUGACUAUAGGGUGAUAUUGCGUAAUUACAACUGCUUGCGCGUGCUGUUGCAUCAGCUGAAAUCUCCGAGCUUGACUAUCGUUAGCAACGCUUGCGGCACAUUAUGGAAUUUGACAGCUCGUUGCGCCGAAGAUCAAAUCACACUAUGCGAAUUGGGCGCCGUUCCUAUGCUUCGAUCUCUGAUACACUCCAAGCAUAAAAUGAUCUCGGUAGCGAGCACAGCAGCUCUGAAAAACUUACUCGCGUGUCGAGCCGACGCGAACAUAAUGAACGAUUCGAAUCGCGGAAACGCCACGUUAAUGAUGCGAAAACGACGCGCUCUCGAGCAAGAGAUCGACGCCAAGUUAAACGAGCAAUCGGAAAAUUUGGGUCAGUUGGAGGUGUCCGAGAUGAGUUACGAUUCGAUGACUCCGCCGCCGAUGACGACAACAACAUCUUCGUUUGUCGCCUCCGGCGAACGUUCUGCUAAUUAUAAUAGUAAAAGUGGAACGGUGACGCCGACGACGAUGAAAAACAACAUCACAGGCGAAUCAUCGGAACCGAUGAUAAAAAGCGGUAACUCGGUACGCUUCAAUUUAUCUUUAUCGUUCGAUGAAAGUGACAAAAUCAAGGAGAACGGUAGUCUUACGCGAGUUAGUAAAAGUCCGGUAGGCGCGAAUAAAGGUAUAUUAGUCAAAUCGGAAGAAAAUCGCGGUAAGAAGGAGAGCUUCAGUUAUUCCGACGACGACGACAACAACGGGCACGCGUCGAAAACCAACGGAUUCCGUAAAGUCGAAGAGCCUUACAAUGUAGACGACUCUUUCGGAGAUUACGCCGAAACGGAUUUGGAUCAGCCGACCGAUUACAGUUUAAGAUUCCGCGAGCAAGGCAACGAUCUGCGUAAAAACGAGAUGCUGGUUACAGGUAGCGUUGCCCAUAAUGAAUCGAAAACUUACGAAGAUGAUAAGAAAAUGGUGGCUGAGAAUGCACUCGAAACGCCUCUAAUGUUUUCUAGAAGUAGUUCUUUAGAUUCGGUUAGUAGUUGCGGGGGCGAGCACGCCGAUGAUCGUAGUUCGGUGGUGAGUGAAGUUAGUCGCGUUGUUAGUGGUGUCGUUAGUCCGAGCGAAUUACCCGAUUCGCCCACCCAAACGGUACCCUCCAGUCCGUACCCGGUGGCUAAAAAUAAUCAGUUUUUCAGCCCCGAAGACGAAUGCAAACCUAAGGUAAAGUCAGCUCUACCUUACAGCGUGUUCGAAGACUCGGUAACCGUAUUCAAGGAUGAAAAUACACCGAUACAGUUCUCGGUAGCGACCAGUUUGAGUUCGUUGACCUUCGACGACGAACCUCAACUGGUCAACGAAUUAGCUCCAGUCAACGAAGAAGCCACCGAAUCUAAACCGAACGCGUGUUUCGUCAAAAGCACCUCUUCCAGUUCGAACACCAGUACCGGUAAUACCAACACACUUCUUAAUAAAGACAGCGGACCGGCCACCUUUGACGUCAAAGAAGAUACUCUAGAUGUCGAAUUAACCGUCGAAGAGCAACAGGCAAUGCUGAAAGCUUGUAUCGAUAGCGGUAAACCAUCGUCUCAGACAUCUAUUCCUCAAACAACGAAAAGCUUCGUGAUCUCAACCGAAGACGAACACGACACCGCUCGUUCCAUCAUUCCACUUCUGCCAGACUCGACCAUUAACUUUUGCACCGAAGAUACACCUAUUUCCAUUAGUCACGCAGCUUCCAAUUCGGAUCUAUCUUUGUUGUGCCCUUCCGAAGACAGCUUCCUGCAAAACAGCAUUUUACCUCUAUCGUCGUGUAAUGAUCAAGACGACGUCGAAUUGUCUUCCGAAGAUCAAGAAAAAUUAUUGAAUUUCUGUAUCGCCAAAGGUCUCCAGUCGCUUAGUCACGACUCCAACGACACGUUCCACGAAAGGAAAAGUUCCCAGAGUUCUACGUUAUCUGAAAUCACCGAAGAUCUACUCGCCGAAGAUCAAACGCUUAUCAAAGACUGUACACCGGAGAGUGCCAAUUUAGUCGCCAUCUCAACCACCGAGAGCGAAUUUUCCUUCGCUAAUGAGAUGGUUAAUAAAGAGUUAUCCGAGGAGGAAGAGAAAAAUUUGCUGAACCAAUGCAUUGCCCUGGGAAUGCGAAGUAUGAAAGAAUCGAGCGAUUUAGAAAACAUCGGACCACCAUCGUUCCUCGAUCAAGCAAACCUAGACAGUAGUUUGACCAACGUUGAAGAAAUCAUCGAUUACCCACCUACCAAGAAUCAAAAAGUUACUAAGACGACGCCAAAACAAAAACGCCAUGAAAUUAAAAAUAGAUAUAACACUUAUACGGUCAAACUAUCGCCAACCAAGUCGCCACCGAGAACAAUAACCGAAAAUGGCAAGAAAAAUGCUGCAAUUAAAGAACGUAGAUCAUCGGAAAAGGAUAGAUUCAAAACUAGAACACUAACCAAGGGUGAUUUCGAAGAAAUCUCUAGAAAUCACGAUUCCAAACCACCUAAAUCACCUCAGAGCGAAGAUGCCUGUAAUACGAGUUCAGACGCUGAAUGUAACGUUGAACAUGGCAAAGCUAAAAUAGCCAAACCGGUCACAAGGGUUAAAAGUGGAAUUCCAAUUGUCAAAAGUAAAUUGCCCACGUCAAAAAGUACGAGCAAUAUAAAAUCAGCUGGAUCUACUUCGCCAGAAUUUCCGGGUAAUUUACAACGCCAAAACACAUUUACCAAAGAUGAGCCGUCGGGUAUACCAGUGAGGAAAAACUCAUUCAAAAACAGCUCCAAAGCAAACGUCCCUGCAGAUAGUUCGCAAUUCAAGAGUGGAAUUCCGUCCAGAAUCAAAGAGCCAUCGCCAAAAGGCAGCAGAAUAAACGGAUCGAGUGAUAGAUCACCGGAAAUGUCGAAAAAUCGUUGGUCCGUUAGUGAAAAUAAUUUAAAUUUGUCGUCCAACGUGAAAGCGAUCAGUAGCACGAGUUUGAACUCUUCUAGUAAUUAUUCAGCUACCAAAGUCAGCCCAUCAGCGUCGCAUUCCGCUUUACCCGUGAGGAGAGAAUCUGCUGGCAGAAGCACUUUUGGUUAUAAGAAAUAAUAUUCCUCGGAAUGGUGCUAUCGAUCUAGAAUUCGCGUCUUCAUAAUACAUACGAGAGUGCACAUAUCAUUGUUAAUGAGAUACUAAGAUUUACGUUGAAAAUUGUUGUACUACUUUCAUCUUCAUUUUUUUUUCACCUCUUUCUGUGUAAAUGGUUCCUUUAUAAUAAGAAUAUACUUGCUUUAAAUUUAACAUAGCUUUUUUUGGAAAAUAUGUACUUGGAAUUCCGAAAUUCAUUUUAUUUACAUUUGCAUGCAUUUAAUUAUCCACUUUUGCCCCUUUUGUUACAAUUUUUCUUCCGGAUUUAUACGUUAAUGUUAGGAUUUUAUGCUUCCUGCCAUUUUUUUUCUCUUUACGCAGUAUUUUUUUUAGAUGCUUGUACUUUUAAAAAUUAUUAUUUUAUUUUGAAUUCUGUAGAAGCAAGUUACCCUUUUUUUUCUUUUCUUCUUUUUCUUUUUUUUUAUCAUCAUUGUUUUAAUAUGUUUUUUUGAAAUACGAAAUAAAUUGUACGCAUUGUGUUAUUUAAUUAU